AUGGCCCUGGCUCACCAGACACAGCUCGAGGCCUGGUUUUCCCAAGGACAAAGAAUCCUGCGACAAAGCACAGCGUACACUUGUAGCGCUAAUAGCCUAGGACAUGUGAACGGUUACAUCAAUCACGAAACGAAGCCACUCAAGUAUCGUCUAGACAUGUUGGAACCCGUCCUACAAGGAUACGCGGACAGGGAACAUACUACCUUUGUCAUAUGCCCAUCAACGGAUGAGAGUCUUGACUCUGCCUCAUCGGAAUCCGGAGAAAGCUCAGAGUUUGAGAAAAUAGAAAUCGGGGAAGAUUUCCUGGCAAGCUCGGCGGGUCCUGCUUUCGAUUUCCCUUCCGAUACAGAAUUUGAAUUUGAAGACCACCUCGACAAUAUGCACUGUAGUGGGCAACAUCACUCUUCACCUGUAUCCACGUUUCAGGUUCAACCAUUAUUGGAUCCGAUCCUGGGGAGCUUGGAUGACUACACUAUAUAUCUUCGAAUGUCCGAUCUUGGUCGUGUCGGUGUUCUCAACGGAGAAUGGGCCGUAGUGCAUUUGACAGGCUCUUCAAAAUAUCGCCUUGUCCGGGUUGUUGCAGAAGACAGUAUAAUCUCUUCGACUGGUUGUGCCCUAGGCUCUUCUGUCCUCCUCCAUAACAUCUGCGGAGAUUCCAGUCCUUCACUAUCAUCCACUAUCCAGCUUUGCCCUAGUCCUUUUGGUUCAGGUAAACCCACAGUACCCACCGCCCGUUCUAUAACUGUCGCUCGAGUGGCCUCACCCAUAUCAGUGGAUCGCACAUACCAGAGUCUAUUUGUGACAGCGUUACAGCGUCAUUUUGAGGGGGCGCCGACCUUGGUGAAAGCGGGAGAUGUAAUUGCCGUUGCCUUGAAUACCGACGACCAACAUAGCCAUGCGGAACAUGAUAGGUACCCAGUAUCAGAUUCUACGCCAAGCCGCGCAAAUGAGGCAGUUUUCUUUGUGCUAACCAACAUCGACCACGACGUAAUAUCCAACGAAGCAGAUUCUCUAUCGCCGGACGCUUAUAUCGGGGCAACACUGGGCGAACUAGGAUGCUGGUUCGAUGCCUCUGUGACUCACAUGGUACAGACCGGAGUGGAGCACUGUCGGGUACCGGACGUUUCUGCAUAUCUUGGCCUAGGUAUGUCCCGCAUCCAUGUUCAUCCAAGAGCCUUGUCGUGCCCUGCUACCUCUGAUCCAAAUUCCUCCUUUGAAAAAUUAUUCUCCGUUGCAUCGGUGGUGCUGGGGAAGCACAGUGUUUCUUAUAAUCUACCCCUCUCUUUUCUGCUCAGUGGCGCACGGGGAACUGGCAAAUAUAGUUCUGCCCAUAGUGUGGCGCGCCUACUCGGCAUGCACGUCCUUGAAAUAAAUUGUUACGAUGCUGUGGGUGAUAAUGAUACGCAGACCGAGGGUUUACUCCGGGCCCGGUUUGAGAAAGCCAUGGACUGCUCUCCUUGCCUUCUCAUCCUACGACAACUUGAUGGAUUGGGUAGUAAUUCUCAAGGCCCCGAUUCGAAAACAGGAUCUCCGAUGAUUAACGUACUCCGAGAUUGCCUUGAUCAUGUACACCAGAGCUGGAAGAUUACGGGUUAUCCGGUUAUGAUAUGUGGGAUCACCAAUGAACCUUCCAAGCUACCACCAGCAUUCGUGGCUCUCUUCAAGCAUGAAAUUACCUUCGAGGCUCCGAAUGAAGUCGAACGGUACGAUAUACUGCAAUCUCAACUCGCCAGCAAAGUAGUAGCCCCCGAUGUCUCUGUGUCUGCUUUGGCAACACAAACAGCUGCCUUGGUGGCGGGCGAUUUAGUCGAUUUGGUGGUGCGUGCAGAGGCAGCUUCGAUUGAACGUGCAAGUUCAACUGUGGAUUACGAGGAUGUGUCCGAUAUAAUCCAAGCAGGGGUCACGCUGUCAAAUUCUGACUUUGAAGGGGCCCUUGGGAAAGCUAGAGCAUCCUAUUCUGAAGGUAUUGGCGCACCGAAGAUCCCCAACGUUUCUUGGGAUGAUGUCGGCGGUCUGGCUCACGCCAAAUCCGACAUUCUCGACACGAUACAAUUACCGUUGGACUACCCCGAACUCUUCUCAGACGGAUUAAAAAAACGAUCAGGUAUUCUUCUCUAUGGACCUCCCGGAACGGGAAAAACCUUAGUCGCCAAGGCCGUCGCUACGUCCUUUGCGCUCAACUUCUUCUCCGUCAAGGGUCCUGAGCUGCUUAAUAUGUACAUUGGAGAAUCGGAAGCCAAUGUACGGCGUAUCUUCCAGCGUGCAAGAGAUGCAAAACCAUGCGUUAUAUUCUUCGACGAGCUCGAUUCGAUAGCCCCAAAGAGAGGCAAUCACGGCGAUUCGGGAGGUGUCAUGGAUCGUAUCGUUAGUCAACUUCUGUCUGAACUGGAUGGCAUGUCGGGAAGCGGAGGCACGGAUGUCUUCGUCAUCGGUGCCACCAAUCGACCUGAUCUAUUAGAUGCUGCGCUACUGCGCCCUGGAAGAUUCGAUCGUAUGCUGUAUCUAGGCGUUAGCAAAACUCACGAAGAACAGUUGCACAUUCUCGAAGCAUUGACGAGAAAAUUUCGCCUUCAUCCCGAUUUCGAUUUGAGCGCCCUUGCCGAGCGAUGUCCCUUCAAUCUCACUGGUGCCGACUUUUAUGCUGUAUGCUCCGACGCUCUUUUGAAUGCCAUGACACGUAAGGCCGAAGAAUUGGAAGAAACAAUCGGUUUGUUUCUUGUGUCGGCCAACUUUGCACAUGCUAAUGAUACGCUGUCUUCAGCUCGGCUCAACAGUCAACCCGGUGGCGAUCAGUAUCCAUACCCUUUGACGCCCCAAUAUUAUUUGGCAGAAGUUGCGUCCCAAGAGGAGGUCAACGUUAUUGUAACAGAAGAUGAUUUUACGCUUGCUCUCAAUCAUCUGGUUCCCAGCGUUAGUGAAGCCGAAAUGAGGCAUUAUGCUAUUAUCCAGCAACAGUUUUCGCUUAACCGAUCGGCGCGACGAUCAACGGACCCGGAGUGGAAGCAAAGUGGAUAG